AACAGCUACUCUGUGAUCUUUGAAAAACAGAGAAAGUCUAUGGCUCUAUGGAAGGAACUUUGAAAUUGUUUAUUUUGUUGUGUAUUUCUUCACGUUACGGUUUGGAAGUGGGACUGCAUCAUAAAUAAAUAUUUGGCUGUUUCAUUCGUCGAUUUUUAUAAAUCAUUACCUUCCCCAGAUUGACGAAAAUGGAUACAAAGUGUUGUUUCACGGAUAUAAAAGAAGAGUUCACGACCAAUGACAUAUUAAAUGAUUGGAAGGAAGAGGCAGAAGAUGUAGAUAUGUUGAAUUCUAGCUCACUUGAGGACAGGUCCAAAACAGUUACCUUGUGUGAUGAUCCCGAAGUAGUUAAAAAAGGUAGUCUCAAUAUGCAAACUGAUUCUGUGUCCCCCAGGGGUCAAAAUGUCAACGUAUUUAUUGACCAAUCCGAUAAAAUAGUUCAGUUGAAUGCAGAAGAUGAAGAAAAACCUCAAAAUGCAUACAUCGAUUCUGCUUGUCUCCACAUAUCAAAACAUAUGAGUGUACCUUUUGCGAACAUUCAACAAAAAACAAAGGAGGCCUAAAAGCACACAUAGAUGGUGUCCAUUGGAAAAUUAAGAAAUUUAAGUGUCGGUUGUGUAAGUAUUCUGUAAGUUAUAGAGAAGGUCUUGACAAACAUAUCGAUUCUGUUCAUGCGACUAUAAAGAACCACAAGUGCCAGAUGUGUGAUUACGCUACAGGCCUAAAAUAUCUUCUUGAACAACACGUUGAUUCCAUCAAACUCGAAAUAUAAGAAAUUCAAUUGCAACCAGUGCAGUUUUGGCACAAAUCGGAAAGGGUCUCUUGUACAAUACGUAGAUUUCAUCCAUUUGAAUAUCAGAAAACACAAGUGCCAUCUGUGCGAUUUUGUGUCAGCCCGAAAAAUCUCCUUGCAGAAUCAUAUUGAUGCUGUUCAUUCGAAUAGUAGAAAAUACAAAUGUGACCAGUGCGGUUACGACGCUAAUGAAAAAAGGAGCCUCGAAGAACACGUGGACAUUGUGCUUUUGAGUCUCUGGAGACACAAGUGUCACUCGUGUGAGUAUGCUGCCAUUCAAAAAAGGAGUCUCGUGACUCAUGUGAAUUCCGUACAUUUGAAUAUUCGGAAACACAAGUGUAACUAUUGCGAUUACGCUGUAUGCAGAAAAGGCCACCUUGAAAGACAUAUUCAAUCCGUUCAUUUCAAUAUCAAGGAAAACAAGUGCCACUUGUGUGAUCAUGCUACUUGUCAGAAAAUUGAUCUAAAAAGGCAUAUAAAUACGGUUCAUUUUAAAAUUAAGAGAUGAAAAUAACUCCUGGAAGAACAUUUGGAUUCAGUUCCUUCCUCUAUUUAUGUGUCACAUGUGGUAUCAUUUAGAAAGGGAGUUUGGCGGCAUAUGUGACUUACCCACAAUUUAGUUGUUUGAGCGCUCGCUUUAUUCGAUUUGAUUUUCAUGAGCAUGCGAGAAAUGCUUUUAUAAUAAUAAGUUUUUUUGCAGAUGAUCAUUUCUAUUUGUGUGUUCCAUACAUGGAAAACUAAUGAAUUGAUUAUAUCGUUAAUACAGAGAUAUUUCUAAAGAU